AUGAUAAAAGUCCUAGUUGUAGUUUUGAGCCUAAUCGCAAAAUAUUUACCUGUUUCGCUUGUGGUUUUAGAGCCAGUGAUAUUUUUGAUUUUUGAGCCCAGUAUCGGAAAAUCAGCAAGGAAGAAGCCGGCGAGGAAAUUAGUCAACUGGGAAGUGUUAAAUUAUCUCUAUACUAAACGACAAAUAGACCGCGAAUUAAUUACCCGUUUUUCUCUGGGUUGUAGCAUUAGCGGUCAACAAAUAGGAAUAACUGAUAAUAACCGAAUUUAUGACUUUUUUUCCGAAAAGCAAUUAAUUAUACCACUGGCUAAUAAGGAAGGGGAAAUAGUGGCUUUUGCUGGUCGCAAAAUUGACGGAGGGGCAAGCGGAGCAGCACAAACCAAGUAUAAAUAUUUACCAAGUUCUCAGUAUUAUCGUAAAUCUUCUUUACUCUAUAAUUAUUCAGUAGUAAAAAAAAGUCGUGCUACCGAAUGUUAUUUAGUGGAAGGAUUUUUUGAUGUGAUUAGUUUAACAAAAAUAGGAGUAGAAAAUUGUCUAGCCUUAUUAGGAACUAAUUUAUCCGAAGAGCAAACUAAAUUAUUACAAGAGUUAAAAAAGCGAAUUAUUCUUUUUUUGGAUAGUGAUAAGGCUGGUCAAGAAGCAACUAUUAAUAUUUCCCUGCGACUACUAUCACACGAAAUUGAUUGUGAAGUAGUAAAGGGUGAUUACCAAGGCGACCCUGAUGAAAUUUGCCAGCAGAAUGAGCCAAAAACA